AUCUCUCUCUCUCUCUCUCUCUCUCUCUCUCUCUCUCUCUCUCUCUCAUAUCAAUCUCCUAUCUAUCUUCCCAAUUCAUUCACAGCAGCAAGGCCUCCCCUGGUACUACCACUUCUGGUCAACACUAAUUCGGGCUUUGAUGGAGUUGAGAAUUGCCAACUAGGUUGAGUUUUUUGAUUGAGAUGGUCAGGUUUAGGGUUCACUCAUCCAGGUCCAGGUCGAUGUAGUGAGGACAUAGGGACGUCGAAAUGAGUCAAAUGACUUAAUCGAAAUUGUUUAAGAAGAGAGAUACGUCCUCGCGCGCUUCCUACACUAGCCACCAUCGCGCUUCCAUUUUCCAAAACCACCUUUUCCUCCGCGCUUCCGCUUCACUUCCGCAGGAAUCGUGAGUAAAGUCAAGUUUCCGUGCUUCCUAGCUAAAAAUUAAAAAUCCUCUGAUGAGUCUGUGGAAGUUUGUGGAGGAGGAGCGAAAAAGUAGAAAUGCUGGGGAUGUCAUUACCGCCGGUACCAACUACCAAUUUACCUACCGCAUAUAUGAUGCCAUGCAGGGUUUAAAGUUGGCUGGGACGCAGAAGCAGUGUAGUGGCAGCGGGAAUGCCCGCGAGCGCUUCAAAGGUCUCCGCAGGCAAGCGGAUGCGUUCAUUCGCCCUGUCGGGUUCAAUAAUCCUUACCUACUAUUUCCGGAGGUUUUCGUUGGUUGGAAGGAUUGGGUGACAAUGCUGACAGUUGAGGCGCCCUUUGAUGGUGAGGAUGGUGCUAAGGUUGCUGUUAUGGUUGAGUCCGUGUGGAUUCAAAUCAUGAAGGUGGUCAAAGAUCAAUUCAUAGCAGGCCGUUGCAGCUUCUUGCAAGUGGCCAGCUCUCUUGGAAUCACAAGAGGACACAAAGUGGUUUUCCAUGAGGUGGCUCAAGGUGAUAAAGACUUCCACAUCAGCAUAGGGCAGUUGAAGGACAUGGCCAGGGAAUUGAUAACUUGCCUCUGGCAGAUAAAGAAUAGAUUGAGAGAUAACAGCCUGGAUCACACCAUUGAUCGGUUUAGAGAAUUCUGUGAGUUUGUCCAAUUCAACUACUUGGGGGAGGGGAACGUCAACGUGGAGGGUUGGGUGGUGAAAAAAGAUGAGAAUGCUGAAGUGAUUCAGCUAGUUGUAUUAUUUCACCCUUCAUCGUUUGACACAUGCGACCUGCUUAGAUUCUUCAUGAAUCUUGGCCGUGUGGGAGAUCGAGCUGAUCCAGAAAGUUUGUGUAGGAACCUGAAAUUUGAUGAGUAUAUGUGGGGACUAAAUUUUAACUGGAGAGAUUAUGUGUUGGCUGAUGAGACACUGAAAGAGAUUUUGAAUCAUUCUCUCAAUCGAGAAGAAGUGAAAGAGGACAAUCAAGAAGAAGAAAAAGGCAAGAAACAGAAAAAGCCAAUGUACUACAACAGGGAGCUUCCACAGUUUUGUUUCAAUGCAAUGAAACAUUUUUGGGCACAUGCUAAUGGCCAAAAGUUAACCAAGAUUGAAGUAAUACAACACAUGUGUUUUCAUUCCUAGAUUGACUUGUAUUUGGGGUAUGCGAAGGCGGUAAUUGAAGGCGAAUAUAAUCAUGGUCUCUAUGGUCCAAAGUUCGUCCUGACCAAAGACACCUAGGUUCACAAGCACACAAAACGACCAAGACUUAAACCAUUCAUUCAAUGUAAUAGUUUGGUGGAAGCUUUUGGAAGAGAUCGAGCAAUGGGUUGGGAGCCGAAAGACCUGUUAGUAGAUGAAGAUUUGAAUAAUGAUAAUGAAUUCGUUUGAAGCU